AUUCGGCAAAACGCACAAAUUCAAAUUUCGACUUACAUCUUCACUCAUUUUAAUUCCCAUUCUUCGCUUCGUUCAUUUCCAUCAAUGGCACGUACCAAGCAAACAGCUCGCAAGUCCACCGGCGGCAAGGCCCCGAGGAAGCAACUGGCCACUAAGGCCGCAAGGAAAUCAGCUCCGGCAACUGGCGGAGUGAAGAAGCCACACAGAUUCAGGCCCGGAACUGUCGCAUUGAGAGAGAUCAGGAAAUAUCAGAAGAGCACUGAGCUCCUCAUUAGAAAGCUCCCAUUCCAGCGUCUGGUUCGGGAAAUCGCGCAGGAUUUCAAGACCGACCUCAGGUUCCAGAGCAGCGCUGUGGCGGCUCUCCAGGAAGCCGCGGAGGCUUACCUGGUUGGGUUGUUUGAGGACACUAACCUCUGUGCCAUUCACGCCAAGAGAGUCACCAUUAUGCCAAAGGAUAUUCAACUUGCAAGAAGGAUUAGGGGCGAGAGGGCUUAGUUUAGUUAUCGUUUCUCUUGAUUUGUUCAUCUAUUUGUAACUUUUAUGUGCUGUUUAUCAGGAAUCGCGCUUACAUUGUUGUUUGUUUCUAUGAUUCAAUCUCCAAAUUGAAUUAUUAUUUCUUAAGUUUUAUGAUAGAGCCUUAAUGGUUAUCUUGUUC